AUGCGGUGUAAGCUUGACAUGAUUCUUGACACCAUUAUCGAUGAGCAUGGAAAGAAUUUGGUAGCAACAAAUGAAGCAAAUGGAGAGUUGGGCUGUGAAGAUUUGGUUGAUGUUCUUCUCAGAUUAAAGGAAAGUGGCGAACUCAAAUUUCCAAUAACCAAUGAUAAUAUCAAAGCCGUCAUUUUGGCAAGACAUAGCCAUAUUAUGCAUUCUUCAUUUGACAUGUGGUACAAUUAUAUUGACAUCGUGUUUAGCCCAUAUAGUGAUUACUGGAGAACUGCAUUUUAUAAAGUAUGGAGAGAUAGGGUGACUUCCAUAAUGUUGAUAAAGCAAGCCGCAUCUUUGGCAGGAAACUUUGAUUUAGCAGAUUUAUUGCCCCCUGUGAAGGUGUUCGAUAUAAUCAGUUGGAAUAAGUUUAAGUUGUUGAAGAUGCGGUGUAAGCUUGACAUGAUUCUUGACACCUUUAUCGAUGAGCAUGGAAAGAAUUUGGCAGCAACAAAUGAAGCAAAUGGAGAGUUGGGCUGUGAAGAUUUGGUUGAUGUUCUUCUCAGAUUAAAGGAAAGACAUGUUUCAGCUGGAACAGAAUUUUCAUCGUCAACACUAGAUAGGACCAUGGAAGAAUUAAUGAAAAACCAUCGUUACCUUAAGUUGGUUGUCAAAGAAACUUUACGUUUACACCCUCCCGUUUCUAUUAUCUCGAGAGCAUGCAGGGAGGAAUUUGAGAAUGGUGGGUAUCGUAUACCCCUCAAUGCUAAUGUGGUUGUCAACAUUUGGGCUAUAGGAAGAGAUCCCAACUAUUGGAAGAAUCCUGAAAGUUUUGAACGAGAGAGAUUUGAGAAAAACUCAGUUGAUUUCUUGGCAAAUCACUUUGAACAUCUUCCAUUUGGGUCGGGAAAGAGGAUUUGUCCUGGUAUGACAUUCGGUUUGGCAAAUAUCAAGUUUCUUUUAGCUCGACUUCUCUAUGAUUUUGACUGGAAACUUGCCAGCUGA